AUGGCGGGGAAGACGUUGGGGUUUGCGCCCACGUCAUGGCCGUAUCUGGGUAUGAGUAAGUCAUCGGCCUGGUACUCACUGAAGGGCGCGAUCGAGGAUCGCUUAUCUCUGAUGCCCGGUUCGCUCAUCCGGAUCGCCUCACUCGAGAAACACGACUUCAAGAUGUUGCAAAAGACACAGACUGGGACUUGGCUGCCAGCAUGGGUACCGCAGUCCACCGUGACUGUAUCAGUCUUGCUCGUGCUGUGCUCGAUCGUGCAAUCAGCAACGGGCGGCUAUGACGGCUCCAUGCUCAACGGCCUCAACAUCCUGCCGUCGUACACGGAUUACUUCCAACUCACAGCAGCGACCACGGGCCUGAACACCGCCUCCGUGUUUCUGGGAGCCACCAUAGGGACGCUGUCGUCGGGCAUCAUCACCGAUAGGCUAGGCCGGCGUCCGGCCAUCUUCUGGGCUUCGGUGAUCACGCUUCUCGGCAUCGUGAUCCAGACUGCGGCGCAGAAUAUCGCCAUCGUGGGUGCGCUGAUUGCUGCGGGCAUCACACUCGGAACCGGUCAAUGGCAAUCAACUUGGGCGUGGCGGCUACCGUCUCUCAUUCAGGGUAUUUUCUCAGUACUCUGCAUCUUCAUCUUGCCUUUCGUCCCUGAGUCCCCGCGCUGGCUAGUCCACGAGGGGUUCUUCGAGUACGCGCGUAUCUCGGUCGCGCAGACCAACUCGAACAGUGACCUCUCGGACCCUGUAGCGAUCACUGUCUACAAGGAAAUCCUCGACACGCUAGAAUGGGAGAAGAAAGAAGGCCGAACGAUGAGCCCCCUAGAAAUCGUCAAGACCCCAACUGCGCGAAAACGUCUCCUCAUCGGCAUGUCGGCCGGGCCCUUCUCGUGCAUCGCCGGCAACAUCAUCGCGUCGUACUAUCUGGGCGCCGAACUCGCGACAGCAGGUAUCACGGACUCGACGGACCAGCUGAAAGCCAACGUCGUCCUGAACGUCUGGUGUCUCGCCUGCGCCCUCGGCGGCACGCACCUCGCCGCGAGAUGGGGGCGCAAACCGACGGCGCUUACCUCGCAGACUCUCCUGAUUAUCUGCCUCUUCGUAAUCGGAGGUCUCACCAAGAAGUACUCCGAUGACCCGGAUAAUGCAACGCAGAGCCUGGUGUACGGUGAUGUCGCAGUGAUGUUCCUGUUCCAGGGCUUCUACUCCAUCGCGUGGACGCCGCUGCUGUACCUGUACCCCCCUGAGAUCAUGAACUAUUCGAUUCGCGCCAAUGGGCUCGCGUUCUCGGCCUUUAUGCUGAACGUGCUGGCGUGUGUGUUUGUGUUCAUCAUGCCGAUUGGUCUGGAGAACAUCGGCUGGAAGAUGUACAUGGUCAACGGGUCGUGGGAUGUUGUGAUCGCUGUACUCAUUGCUGUGUUUUGGGUCGAGACGAAAGGCAGGACACUCGAAGAGAUUGAUGCGAUUUUCGAGGGCCACAAGCACUCGUCGGUUCCAGAUGUUGAGAAGGUUCGGCUGGGACAGGAGAAGGUUGAUGUAGCUGCGAUCGAACAGCAACUCCAGCGGACGUUGAGACUGUCAAGUCUCAAUGAUGCUGUCAUACAGGUAGCUGCCGUCGAAGCGGAUUGUUACAGCACACGAAAGCGUAUCGGAUCCGUCGCGGCCGUCCAGGCGAAGUACAUCGUCCCGGGAGCGAGAUGGCGCGACACCGAUGGUUACCUCGUCAACGCCCACGCCGGGAACGUGGUCCUGAAUAACGGGACGUUCUGGUGGUUCGGGGAAUACAAGAUUGAAGGGCAGGAAGAAGGCGGUGGUGUUUCCGUCUACAGCUCUGAUGACCUGGCAACAUGGGAGUCGCACGGUCUGGCUUUGGAACCGGUCGAGGGACACCCGUACAUCUCGCCCGAAAUGAUCAUCCAGCGGCCGAAGGUCGUGUACAGUGAGCCUACGGGGCAGUACCACAUGUGGUGGCACGCUGACAAGUCGAGUUACGGACUCUUACUCCAGGGGCUGGCAACCUCGGAUACUAUCGCUGGACCCUACACUUUCGCCAACGCCACAGCCCCUCUGGGGAACUGGUCCCAGGACUUCGGCAUGUUCACGGACUACAAGGACGGUCGCUCGUACGCCUUGUACUCCAAUGGAGACAGUGUUGAAGGACGAGAUAUAUACCUGACUUCCUACAACGAAGAGGUCUCCGCCCUUGACAGUGUGACGCACCGCUUCGACAAGUACGAUCUCGAAGCCCCAUCGAUCGUGCAGACAGACAAGAGUUACUACGCAUUGAUGAGUCACAAGACUGGAUACCGGCCCAAUAAUGUCGUUGCGUUCAGGGCAGACAGCCUGAGCGGAGCAUGGUCUCAGCCGUGGAUUGUCGCACCACUGAACACUAGGACUUUCAACUCGCAGUCUGGAUUCACCUUGAGAAUCCAAGGAGAGAAACAGACUACCUAUUUGUAUUUGGGCGAUCAGGCAGGCCGACCCAAUGUUUGGGACUCCAACUCGCUAUGGGAGAGUCGGUACAUAUGGCUGCCAAUGGCUAUCGACGACGAGAAGAAGUCGCUUGAACUUCAGUGGCAUGAUAUCUACGACUUGGAUGUCAAGUCAGGCGAGUGGAAACCCGUGGAGGGCACGGCGUAUCACGGCAGCGACGCAACCACGAACGGAACUGCUUUCAAGCAAGAAGCGAACUUUGCCAGCAACGGCAUGAUAUUGACGGGGAUAUACGGCAAUGACAGCACCGUCACCUUCAGUGGGAUACAAGGGACCGGCAAGCCCCAAUGGGUUUCUUUUUACUACCAGAACACCGACGACAUGGGCUUCGGCGAUCAACCGGGUGGAUCUCCUGACCGAAUCGGCGGCGCAUGGCAGCUCCGUCGCGCCAGCAGCGUGGUGGUAAAUGGCAAUACCGAAGACCUCGAGACACUGUUCCAAAGAGAUACCCACAAGGGUAUCAUCCUGUCGACGCCGCUGCAGUUGACCUUGGAGGAGGGCUCGGCGAACACCAUCACGAUUGGCGGGCUGUAUAACGGAAUCGACUACAAAGGCGCGGACAUUGACAAGAUUGUUGUCUAUCCGCCAGAGUCGUAG